GGAUAACCGCGACCGUGCUACAUCCGGUAUAAGGUACAAAGUCAUGUGACGUCUCAUGUGACUUCAAUACAAACCGACCAUUGCCACUGGACGUCGUGUGUUGCUUUGUUUAUUAAUUAAUUUACUUGAAAGAUUAUGAUGAAACACCCUGUUAUCAUCACCCUUUCACUGUGUAUGUUAAAUACACUUGCUGACAGAGUGACGUACACAUUUGAUGACUCAGUUGGUCUUGGUAGACAUUUUGAUGGUAUUGGAGGGUUGAGUGGGGGUGGGGCAACAUCCAAAUUAUUAGUGAAUUAUCCUGAGGAACAGAGAAGUCAAAUAUUAGAUCUUUUAUUCAAGCCAAAUUUUGGAGCAUCUUUAGACAUAUUAAAAGUAGAGAUUGGUGGAGAUGCACAAAGUACAGAUGGAACAGAAGCAUCUCACAUGCACAAUAGUUGGGAUGAGAAUUAUGAGAGAGGUUAUGAAUGGUGGUUAAUGGUGGAAGCCAAAAAGAGAAAUCCUGAUAUUAAGUUAUAUGGACUACCUUGGGCAUUUCCUGGUUGGAUUGGAAAUGGUACAAGAAGUCCUUACACUAAUCCAACCCAGACAGCUACGUACAUUAUUAAAUGGAUACAAGGAGCUAAAAAAUAUUAUAAUCUUACUAUUGAUUAUGUUGGUAUCUGGAAUGAAAGGCCAUAUGAUAUCACCUAUAUUAUAACUUUACGUAAUAUGUUAGAUAACUCUGGUUUAACUAAUGUACGCAUCGUGGCACCAGAUGGCAGCUGGAGUAUUGCUAGCGAUAUGUUUAAAAAUGCUACUUUAAAUGCUGCUAUAGAUUAUAUUGGUUGUCAUUAUCCUGGUACAUAUAGUUCAAAGGAAGCAGUUAAUACAGGUAAACAGUUAUGGGCAUCAGAAGAUUACAGUACAUUUAAUGAUAAUGUAGGAGGUGGAUGCUGGGCAAGGAUUCUUAAUCAAAAUUACGUAAAUGGAAACAUGACAAGCACCAUAUCAUGGAAUCUUAUAGCUAGUUAUUAUAUGAAUCUACCCUUCUAUCGUGAUGGACUGAUGACAGCUGUAGAACCAUGGUCGGGAAACUAUAUUAUAGAAUCUCCUAUCUGGUUAACAGCUCAUACUACACAGUUUACGUCUGUUGGGUGGAAAUAUUUACGCCAUGGUUCAGGUGUAGGAAAACUUAAUGGAGGUGGAAGUUACGUAGCUUUGAUUAGUCCAGAUGGAAAAGAUUUCACCAUUGUUAUCGAAACAUUUAGUCAUGAUCACUCAUUAUGUAUUCGUCCACCAUUACCAAAAUAUACAGUUUCACCACAACAAAUAAUGAUUGAUUUAAAAGGCAGUUUUGCAGGAAUAUCAAGGUUAAAUAUAUGGUACAGUAAACCUAGUUAUUCAGCAGGGGUAGACGAUAUCUUCUUUCUUCAAAAAUCACCAUUAGUUUUAACUAAUGGUCAGGGUCAGUUAGAUAUUGGUGUAGAUGAAGUAUGGACAUUAACUACUAUUAAUACUGGAGUCAAGGGAAGUUUUCCACCACCACCAGCUUCAGCUGCAUUUCCACUACCUUAUACCGAUAACUUUGAAUCUUACAGACAACAUCAGGAACCAAACAAUUUAGUAGCACAGAUAGGUGGUUUCGAAGUACUUCAUUCCCUUUCAUCACAUGGUAAUGUCAUACAGCAAGUUGUUCUUGAACAUCCAGUUGCUAGUUGUGAAACACCUUACUUCAACACAACUAUUAGUAUUUUAGGAACCCCAAAGUGGGCUGAUCUCUAUAUAGAAUGUGAUGUAAGAAUUGGUAAUGUCAAUAAUACAGAUGGUGCAUUUAUAGCUGCCCGUGUAACUCAAGGUGGAUGUCAGGCAUUUGAAGCUGAAGGAGUUUAUUUCUUUAUAUUCCCUUCUACAAAUACAAUUAAACUCUCCAAUGAUUUAGCUCAAACUCAAGUUGUAUUCACUGGAAGUUUUACUGGAUUUAAAGAAUGGAAUAAACUUUCUUUAGCUGUACAUGCAAAACUUGCUACAGGUAUGAUCAAUGGAGAAAAAGUUUUUACACAAAAUCUAAGUGGAAAAGCGAAUGAAGGAUUUGCUGGACUUGGAACCUCAUCAUUUGGUCUGGCAGAUUUUGAUAAUCUGGCAAUAAUGAAUAUAGAUGAUGGUUUAAAGAGAAUGGAAGAAAUAAGAGUAAAAAAAGAUACCAAAUUAUAUUUUAAACCGGGCAAAUUCUAGAUUAAUAAUAUUUAUUAAAUUUAUUUAUAGUCAGUAUUUAACCUAAUUACACAUAGGCCAAACCAAUUUAAAUUUUUAGUUCUUCACGAUCUUGAUAAAUAAAAAGCCACUCAUAUCAUGAAAAAUUUUAAAAUUAGAAAAUGUAUUUGGUUUUUAAAUUGUUAUUUUUCCACCAAGAAAUAGGAUAGAAAAUUUUAAUUUGUGUUUCUGAAGAACAAAUGUUCAAAUAGAUGUGUCCAAAUCCGAUGACAGGAGACUUUAUACAAGAUACAUCUAAUAUAAUAGAGAAUGUCUCAUUGUUUAUAAGAAUAGUUUACACACCUCCAGAUAUAUCUGUCAUAGCAACUAUUAAUAUUUUAAGGUAACAUUUCCCAGUAUCAACCUUCUGUAAAGUCAUUAUGUAAUAUUAACCUCCAAUAACCACAUGCUUUGAAUUGCACUAAUACCUGGCGAUAAUCUUUGUGUCGAUGUACAAGUCAGAUAGCAACCUUUUUCCACAGUUGUUAUUAGGUUUUUAUUUGGAAUAACAACCUAGAAAACGGUUGCUAUCUACUACUUACUGUGACAUAUGUCUAAAUGUAAGCUAAAGCCCGAGACUGAGGUUAUGCUGGGGAAAGAAAGACUGAAGAAAAUAACUUGAGAAAAAGAAAAACCAAGGCCGAGGGUUUUCUUUGGAGGGCUUUUUUAUGAAGUCUUUCUUCCCCAGCAUAACUGAAGUCGAGGACUUUAUCUAGUUUAUAAACCUUCUAUGUUUACAUGUACUUAAAAUGAGAAUAUCCCAGAAUUCCAGUAAGAAAAACCUUAUAUCAUGUUUUCUACAGGUUUAAAGAAAAACAUUCAGAAGAAUAACCCCAAAUUCCCCUGUAUAUAUUCAAAGCUGCCCCAGACUAUCAUGCCGUAAGUAAUUCCGGGCAUAGAAUAUACGCCAAAGAUCAAACAGAUUUACUGUUAUAGGUUUAUAAUUCAGUAUAAAACUGAAACAAUACAAAUAUAAUGUCCAGAUAAACAUUCCAACAGGUGCCAAAAUUUUAUCCAAUGUAAAUUAGCUACCUGACCCCAUCCAUGUAAAGAUUAUUAUAUGAUUUUAUACCAGGAACUGGUUCCUUACACUAGAUAAUCUUCUUGUAGUUGUCCUUCUUGAUGGGGCAAGAUUUUUUCAAAAUCCCCCAAUUCAAGUAUAUUUCAUAAUAAAGCCUGAAAUGCUUGUUUUUUUGGAGAUCAUUUGACAGGCCUUCGAUUUUUGAUAUGACCUCACAAUUCAAACAUGGUGCCAAUAACAUUGAUGGUUCCUGGUUCUUUAAUAAUAAUAAUAAUAAUCGUUUUCUAUAGCGCUGAACAUUCAGUCAGUCUGACUGCUCUGUGGCGCUUUGUCUACGAUGGUACUUUUUAUGUGUUCAUAUUUUUUGUGGGAGUGUAUUGUAAUCACACACGUUUAUGUACAGUUUUUGUAAAUUAUGUUUUAAUACGGGGAUUAUCGAGCAAUUCAUAAAAAUGGAGUAGCAAAAAUAGUUUUUUUGGGUUGAGUUAUUGCCCAUGUUGUUAGAACCUGAUAAUAACUCUAUGACUAUAAGUCUGAGGGUUCUGGAUUUUUUGUUUAAACUUGAUGGAACUGCUCAAUAUGUAUUAAAAAGGAAGAACCCUAUUGAAAUGAAUUAUUGUUAUUUGAAAGUUAUUGUUCCUUUAUAAGGCACUUUACAGAGCUGCAGGUGAAUGGAUUAUUGUUGCCAGGCAACACUAUAUUUAUAAUAGAAUCAAUGUUGCCAGGCAAUACUAUAUUUAUAAUAAAAUCAUUGUUGCCAGGCAACACUGUAUUUAGAAUAGAGUCCAGCGAGAAAUAAUUUACAUUGUUAUAUAGUGAUUAUAUUAUUUUCUAUUUUCUAUUAAAGGGUAUUUUUUGACUGUUUAGGAUAUAUGAGAUGAAUAAAUGUUUUUUUUUUAUACAUUAA